AUGGUUGCCUUUGGUAAAAAGCUCAAGGAACGGAGCAUUCAAGAAUGGCAAGGAUAUUACAUCAAUUACAAGUUGAUGAAGAAGAAAGUGAAGCAAUAUGUUCGUCAAUUACAAGGAGGAAAUCAAGAGCGUCGCAAUGUUCUUAAAGAUUUCUCGAGGAUGCUCGAUAAUCAGAUCGAGAAGAUCGCUCUUUUCAUGCUGGAGCAACAAGGAUUGCUUGCAAGUAGGCUACAGAAACUAAGGGAAUCGCGCGAUGCUCUCCAAGAGGAGCCGGACAUUUCUCACGUAGCUAAUCUAAAAGAAGAGUAUAGAGCUGUUGGACAAGAUCUUCUCAAGCUUCUGUUUUUCAUCGAGAUGAAUGCUAUUGGUAUCCGUAAGAUACUGAAGAAAUUCGAUAAACGGUUUGGUUUUAGAUUCACAAACUAUUAUGUCAAGACUCGAGCUAACCAUCCUUACUCUGAACUUCAGCAAGUCUUUAGACAUGUGGGCCUUGGAGCUGUUGUUGGAGCCGUAUCUCGUAACCUUCAUGAGCUUCAGAAUAGUCAUGGAAGCUACUUAUCGAUUUAUGAUCAGCCUGUUCUUCCUCUUCAUGAUCCUGUAGUGGACUCAAUUAGAGCUGCAGUGGAUAGGCUAACACGUUCAACAAACUUCUUAAACUUCAUGGCGCAGCACGCGCUUAUAAUUCAAGAAGAGUUACCGAGUCCUCAAGACGAGGAAGCGGAUGAAGAAGACGGGAGAUAUCACUUCAUGUCUCUCUUGUUGAAUUUGGUCAACACAUUUCUCUAUAUGGUUAAUACUUAUAUCAUUGUCCCUACAGCUGAUGACUAUUCCAUGAGUCUCGGUGCAGCAGCAACGGUCUGCGGUGUUGUUAUUGGUGCUAUGGCUGUGGCUCAACUAUUCUCUUCGGUUUACUUCAGCGCUUGGUCUAAUAAAUCUUACUUCAAACCGCUCAUAUUUAGUAGCAUUGUCCUCUUCAUUGGGAACUUGUUAUAUGCUUUAGCUUUCGACUUCAAUUCUAUAGCGGUUCUCUUGAUUGGCCGGCUUUUCUGCGGUUUGGGGUCGGCUAGAGCAGUGAACCGGAGAUAUAUAAGCGACUGUGUACCGUUAAAGAUCCGAAUGCAGGCUUCAGCUGGUUUUGUUAGUGCAAGUGCUCUAGGAAUGGCGUGUGGUCCUGCGCUUGCCGGUCUAUUACAAACAAGAUUCGAGAUCUGUAACCUUACAUUUAACCAAGAUACAUUGCCUGGUUGGGUUAUGGCAGUUGCUUGGCUUUUCUACUUAGUCUGGUUAGCUAUUUCCUUUCGGGAGCCUGCGCGUGAGCCUGAGGAGAUUCAUAAUACUUCAGAGGAGUCUCAUAAUAACUCCGAAGCUGUUGAAGAUGGGAAUCUGGAGAAAGGUUUGCAACAAAGAUUGCUGCUUACAUCAGAAGAGAUCGAAGAACAAGUUGAAGAUGACUGCGAUGGAAGCGAAAAAGCGUCUCAAGAUUCACGUACACCUGCAAACUCCAUUGUAGCUGCUUACAGACUACUCACACCUUCAGUUAAGGUUCAACUGUUGAUAUACUUCAUGCUUAAGUAUGCAAUGGAGAUUCUUCUCUCUGAAUCUAGUGUCAUUACCACUUACUAUUUCGGUUGGUCCACGAGCUCGGUUGCGAUCUUCUUGGCUUGUCUCGGUCUCACGGUUCUUCCUGUAAACCUUGUUGUUGGAAGCUAUAUAAGCAACAUGUUCGAAGACCGGCAAAUUUUGUUGGUGUCAGAGAUUAUGGUCUGUGUAGGAAUACUUCUCAGCUUCCAUGUGGUUGUUCCAUACACUGUACCACAAUACGUUUGCUCAGGACUCAUUAUGUUUGUUUCGGCAGAAGUUCUUGAAGGUGUUAAUUUAUCGUUGCUUUCGAGGGUUAUGUCGUCGAGGCUAUCGAGAGGGACUUAUAACGGAGGACUGCUUUCGACGGAGGCAGGCACGAUCGCACGAGUGAUUGCGGACGUGACGAUUACCGUCGCCGGUUACUUUGGAAGGAGUAUGCUUUUGAAUGUCACUCUGCUUCCUUCUCUGGUCAUUUGUGUUCUCUCUAUCGUAGCUACUUGUUUUACUUAUAACUCUUUGUAUUAG